CUCUGUAAAUAGAAGGCGCCUCGAGUGGAGCGUACCCCCAGAGGUUUGGCGUUGUUUAUGUUUGGGUAGAGUAGGCGGUCUAAAAUGUUUGCAAAGUGGAAGGAAGUUUUUGUGCGGGAUUACACUUGGUUCAACAGGAAGGAAGAGGACGACGACGAUGGCGACGAUCUUAAAAUUUAUGGUCCCCGCAUCCUACAACCGCAAAUGAAUGAGAAUAAUCUAAAAAUAUUUAAGUCUCAUGAUUCCUCGCAACUUAUGCAGAAUACUAACAGUGAUACGGAGUUGAAAGUAGCAAGAUUUAUGAUGUAUUUUUCAUUCUCAGUGCUUUGCUCGAAGAUAUAUUUCGGUUACAGAAAAACUUUUGAUACAUGGAGUGUUAAGCUGUUGUCUUUAUUGUCAGCUGUAUGGCAUCUUGCAGUGGACCUCAAAUGGUUUCUAAUACCACUUUUGACGGGCUUGCUGAUUACAUAUGUAACGUGGGUUGUAAUUUAUUAUGACAGCAAAGUACCAGGAGUGCAACCGCCAAGUCCCUUCAGUGCGUCGAAAACUUCAGGAAGGCGUUGGCACUCCUGCUAUAUUGCUGCUGUUGCAAAUGGCAUCAUAUUUUUCACAAUUUUGCUUUUGCUUUACCAGUGAAGUGUCAAUAAAAACUGUUUUAUCUCAUCAGACAACUGAAAUUGGAAGACAAUGUAAUGCAAGGGAACUCUCCUUUUCAUGGCACAUCUUAAUCUACUUCAUAAAACAUACAAAACCCAUGCUUUAAACAAACUGGAAGAAGGUGAUUUGAUUAAAUUUGAAACUUAAAUUUGUCUUAUUGUUACAGUUUGUUUUCAAGAACAAAGAUUUUUUGUUUUGUUAUUCAGCAGUGCUAUUAACACUAGUUUUCAAAUUGAUUUCAUAUUUUUUUGGAACAUAUUUUAAUGUAUUUUAUGCAUUCAGUAUUCUGAAGGAACAUGUAUUUUAAAACUUCAUUGAAAAUAUGCUGUGUCGUGGCCACACUUUCAAAAUGGCCAUAAAAUAUUAGAGGAAGCAUUUGUGAAUUGAUGUAUCUUUCUCAAUGUUUCUCCUUUGAUUAGCUUUACAAUUAUUUGAACGUAUUUGUUGUGUUGUGUAUUAUAUGAUGAUAGAAAUUCUAUAAGAAUAGUUGCUAUCUUUUUUUAAUCUCUGGUGUUUCUUAGGGUCGAUGUUUUGUUUCUUUUCUUACUCCCCUUUUUUUUAAAAAAAAAAAAAAGAAAAAAGUAAAUAAUGCAAGAAAAGUUCUUGAAGGAGUGUAAACUGUGCCAAAAAUUUUCAGAACAUAUUUAUUAACUUUCCUCAAGGAGGAAUAGCAUUAUAUUUCAUUUUAUGUGGCUGUUUGUACGCUUUGUGAUACAUGUAUUUCAGAAAGCUGUAUAUCAUUACCGAUACAUAAUGAAAGACUGCAGUAAUCAUCUUGCACAUGUGUUUUGUGGAUCACACUUACUCGCAACUAUUGUUCUUGGCUUUCAAAGGACUGCCAUAAAGUU